AUGGACGGGUUCCUCCAGACCCAGCCUGAUGCGGCCGAGGGAACAAGCGGAUCCAAUAUGGCGCCGACGGCAUCAUCCCCCAGGGAACCACAUGGUGCUGCACUGGAAAAGAUUGGAGAAGUACUCCGAAAUAUGGCAACUGCAAUGGCCACGAAAGCUGACUUGCUAGUCCUAACUACCACCAUACAGGACGCUCUGAGAGCUGAGAUGGCAGGGCUCCGGACGGAGGUAACUGC